ACUGUGGACCCUGCAUCCCCCAACAAGGUCUAUGCCCCUCACUCCAUCCCGCAGCGCAUGGGGACUAGCUUCUGCUCUUCAAUCUUCAGGUACCUGCUUCUCUCUCAUUGUAUGCAUCUUGUUGUAUGGUACAUGCAGACUGUAUUCUACUGCAUAUAUAUAUAUAUAUAUAUAUAUAUACUUUACCCAACUUGAAUACCCACACUUCCAAUAAUUCAUUAAGUACCUCAAGAACCUUCUGGAGCUUAGGGAAGAAAAAUACCAAUCUUCAGAGAAAAACCCCAUGGAUUGUAUUGCAUUUGUUUUUGUUCAGUUUGCUGUGUGCUUUCUGGUUACAGAAUAUGUUAGUUUCUAAUGCAGCAGAUCAAAUCUGUAGGUGUCAAAAUAAAAAAAUAAAGUAUGUGGAUGCAUUGGCAGGCCUAGCAUUACAUAUGAAAUGAAGCCAAGGGGGGCAACCCAUGUGGCAGCUAUAUUUAGAAGGGGGUUGCUGAUUGCAGUCACAAACACUGGGUACCUCUUGCUCUACUCAUUUCCAUUAGGCAGGGACCAAACUAUGCCUCUCUCUGAAUGGACCAUAAAUGCUGGGGUCAUCAGUAAGUUGCUUGUGGAUGAGAUGAAUGGCAGAGUCAUGAUGGCAUCAUUGAAUGGGUCCAUCAGCAUUUUUGGCAUUGAGGCCCUCAACCUGUUGUCAAACCCACCAACACAGCAACUGUGGGUUGGUGGUAGUGGUGCUCCUUCCUUUGUAUCAGUUGCCCAAUGCUCCUGGCCUGAGAUGGGUGGCUCCAAGUAUUUGGACAUUGAUUUCAUUUUGCGCUCUGAAGAGAGGGAUGCCACACUGGAAGCUCAGGUGCAAAUCUCUCACUCUGCAUGUUCAAUCUAUACUCAGAACAGUUAUUGCAAUACUUGUACCAUAUUGAUAGUAUUGUAUUCUGUUUAAAGAAAUACUUAUAUUAUUCACACUAAUAUGCUUGUUUGUCCUAGUAGCACAAGAAGAUCACUUCCUGAAAUCACAUUUGAAGCUUUGUAAGUAUAAACUUAGACUGUUGUUAACCCUUCAUCUCUAAUUGAUAUUGUUACACCCCGCAUGAACUCCCACUAGACAACUAGCUAUUAAUAUGCCUCUUUCUUUUGCACAUUUUUUCCUUUCUUUGGUAUAAGAGAGGGAGAUAGUGGAUAUUUC